AGUGGUCCCGAGCGUACUUAUAUAAAGUAGAUGUUGAUGGGAUAGAGCACAGCGGAGUUGUUGUUCGUCGAGGGUCCCUUUCAAGGGAGGUUCUUGUUCCGGACUGGCUUUCAGAAAUUAAAAGCACACACGUGAUCAUGUCGGUUGCAGAUGACGGCGGCGGUGAAGCGCCGAAUCAUUCUCCGCCCAAGCGACGCCAGGGAAUGGAGCUCGUUUUGCUUCGUUGACUCUGAUGUCUCUGGAGGUCUAGAAAAUAAAAAGCGACCGCGUUCAGGUUCACAACUUGCGCCGACCACACGUCCUCGGCACACAAGACCUCCCCCUCGGGGCUUCAUCGCCGCGCAUUAACGACCUCACCCCCGGCCGCCCCUGCGUCAGCAUGGCGGCGCCAAGUGGAGCCGGCGAUAGUACCGGCACCGCGAGCGGAACGAACAAUAUGAAGGCGGACGAGCGCACGAAGCUGUUGCUGCUGACGGGCGACUACUACCUGAACAAGGGCUCGGUGUUCGUGCCGAACGCGCGAAUUCGGCUCAACUUCGUUCCCAUCGUGCUCAGUACCAUUCUCCCGUGGACGCUGUUUGUCGUGCUGCUGACCAUCUCCAUCUUCCGCUUCCGACACGACUACGGGCAUCUGUGCGACUACAUUUGGGUGGUGGUGUGUGGCGUCCUGCUGCUGGCAUACACCUACCUGUUCUUCAAAGAGUUGCACUCCGUCGACCCACGAUGGACCCGCGCGAGUUGUCUGCACCUGUUUAUUAUGGUAUAUACAGAAAAAUGACUUACUAGCGAGCACGAGCUUGACAGAAAAUCCAGAGAUAUCAAUUUUGUAGAUUUCAAUUUGUUAAAUAGAAUCGUGCAGCUACUCAAGAACUGUCGGACCAUGUCUCGGAUCUCCUGCAAGCUCGCACCCGUCUUGCGUGCAUGCCAGCAUGACCUGACGCCGUAAUUACGCCUAAGUACUUCGUGGCUCAACACCGACGCCCUCCUCCUUGGAUAUUACAUGGAAUUGAGCUUCAAAUUGCACAAAAAAAAACAGAUAAACAUCUGCUUAACCGCGUCGUACCUACUGUACUCCGAGUACUUCGAACCGUAUUACGACGUGCUAGACCUGAAAACCUACCCAACACUGGACGUGUCCAAGACAAACGGUAUGAAUAUAGAUGCAGGAGCUGUUGUAGUACGAACAACAUUCAUAGUACAAGUAGUCGGGCGAUUUCUAUAUGCAAGCUAGUAGAUGUAGGACUGAGGACGGACCGCGGAGUUCAUCAAGGGAAUUUAUUAUUUUUCGCAUUGAAUUUCCAUCCUGCUAGGUAAGGACGUGAUGGAUGCGGGGAUGAUUUAUUUCAGCCAGGGCACCAAGAUCGACUUCACCCGCACGUGGCACUUCAAGCACAAAUCCGUGUACUGCGUCGCCCCUUUGGUGAAGCAGAUCACGCCGACCGCACCCAUCUUGUCCGAGACCGGGUCGCUCGACUUCUGGGUCACGGGGAAGGACUGCUGCUCCACCUCCAGCUCCGAUUUCCGUUGUCCCGGUUACGACAACGCGAAAGCGCGAGCCGGGAUCCGCAUCCUGCACCCGGACGCCGACAUCGACUACUACCGCUUGGCGGUGCAGCAGGCGGAGACGCAGUACGGUUUUCUCUCCACCUACCCAAUUUUCGUGGAGUGGACGGAAGACCCAGUGUACGACUUGGAGGACCGGAAAUCCACGGGGCUGGCGCUCUACUUCGUCUUACUCUUCUCCGCUUUGUUCCUGCAGCUGUUUCUCGUCUGCCUCUGCACCGUCCGGUUUUCGCUGAUCGGAAGGAGAAAGGCAGGAACGGGCACGAAUUAGGAUAGCAGGGUGCAGACGUCGUGUUGUUUAUAAUUUUUCGUGGCAUGCAGCUUGCAUUUGCAUUUCUUGCACAGAGGACGGCGAGGUCGUAAGCACACCAGCACCGAACACGUAAACUCUCCAAGAAGACCACAGUCCACACCAUGCACAGACUAAGGAUAAUAAUUUUCAGCAUUGCAGCUGCUUCUGCUGAGUAGCUGUAGCUCCCUUCACAUUUACUCGGAGCUGUUGCUACUGCUCAUCUCCCGGAUCACUUCCGAUAUCAAAACCUCUACCGCCCAACAGCAUGGCGAUGCUGUGCCACAGAACAUCGCUUUUUUUUCGGCUUCGCGCAUAGAUAUUGAUUCCUUUUCCUCGCAUUCAUCUUUCGACAGCUUAAUUGUCGUCAGUCUACUUCGCGUUCACUCGUUGAAUAUAGUAGAUUUGUCGCUGCUGCCAGCUGCAUCUUCAUCAUCGCAGAGUGGGUUAUUUGACAGGAAAACGAUAUUGAUUGACACGGAAGGCGGGAGUCCGUUGUUCUUCUCGGAGUUAGGCGAUACUACUAACUUCGUCGUCGUACAAUUGGAAUUUGGUUCGCAAGUACUAGAUGAUCGCCGAGGAG